CAAUUGAUUGGUAACUUACGCCUGCGCGAUUGCAUAACUAACGGGAGAUGAGGCUCCAUCUAUCGCAGCUUUACAGCAUCCCAAAUCACCUGUCCUCCAAGUUAAUGCCUAUAUUUCUUUAAAAAAAUCAGUUUCAAUGAUCAUAAUAACCAUUUAGUACGGCAAUGCAGCUGAAAACAUAAGAGGCCAAGAUAAUGUCGUACACAGUCAUUCUCUUCGUGAUUUGCUGUUACGGUCAACUAGCUUCGGCAGAAAUCGACAGACGUCGUUUCUCGAACCCUACGUAUUAUAAUGUAGGAGGAGUCCUUUCUAGCAACGAAUCUAUCGCAUUCUUCAAAGAUACAAUUUCUAAAUUGAACUUUAAAGAUCAAUAUGUGCCUCGCGGAGUUACUUAUCAUGAUUAUUCAAUAUUGAUGGAUCCAAAUCCUAUAAAAACUGCAUUGAAUGUUUGCAAAGACCUCAUCGCACAUCGAAUUUACGCGGUUGUCGUAUCUCAUCCCCUCAUUGGUGAUCUGUCACCGGCAGCGGUAUCCUAUACAAGUGGCUUUUAUCAUAUCCCAGUUAUUGGAAUAUCGUCAAGGGAUUCUGCGUUUUCUGAUAAAAAUAUACACGUCUCAUUUUUGCGUACAGUACCACCUUACUCUCACCAAGCGGAUGUGUGGGUUGAUGUACUGAAACAUUUUAAUUACAUGAAAGUAAUUGUUAUUCAUAGCUCAGAUACAGAUGGCCGCGCUAUUCUGGGGCGGUUUCAAACUACAUCCCAGAGUAUGCACGAUGAUGUUGAUCGCAAAGUUGUGGUUGAGCAGGUAAUUGAGUUUGAACCAGGAUUGGAUUCAUUCAGCGAUAAAUUAAUGGAUGUCAAAGGUGCCCAAGCAAGGGUGUUUCUUAUGUAUGCAAGCAAAACAGAUGCCGAAAUAAUAUUUAGAGAUGCAACAUUUUUAAAUAUGACAACUGCUGGCUAUGUGUGGAUGGUGACGGAGCAAGCUUUAGAUGCAGCGAAUGCUCCCGAAGGACUCCUUGGACUGCGUCUUGUUAACGCUACGAACGAACAUGCUCAUAUCCAGGACUCUAUUUACGUCUUAGCAUCAGCCAUUAGAGAUAUGAAUACUACCGAAGAAAUUAGUGCACCACCGUCUGAUUGUGACAACUCGGGAUCUAUUUGGACAACUGGCCGGCUUCUGUUCGAUUACAUAAGAAGGCAGAGUUUGGAAAACGGCGCCACCGGUCACGUAGCAUUCGACGAUCACGGGGAUAGAGUCCACGCUGAAUAUGACAUGGUCAAUGUUCGAGCACAAGGAGAACAUGUUGCUGUUGGGAAAUACUUUUAUUCAAAGGAAACAAAAAAGAUGCGACUGGAACUAAAAGAACACGAGAUUAUAUGGAUGGGUCGUAGUCCAACUAAGCCCGAAGGUUUUAUGAUUCCUACUCACUUAAAGGUAUUGACUAUAGAGGAGAAACCGUUUGUAUACGCCCGAAGAGUGGAAUCUGAAACUGAUUGUAUUGCCGAAGAAGAAAUUCUCUGCCCCCAUUACAACGCAAGUGACGACUUUGGUCAACUUUACUGCUGUAAGGGGUUUUGUAUGGAUCUGUUAAACAAUUUAGCGAAAGUUAUCAACUUUACAUACUCAUUAGCUCUAUCUCCGGAUGGACAGUUUGGAAAUUACGUAAUACGCAAUUUUUCAACACCUGGUGCCAAGAAAGAAUGGACGGGAUUAAUUGGAGAACUGGUUUAUGAGCGAGCAGAUAUGAUUGUAGCCCCUUUAACAAUAAAUCCAGAGCGAGCAGAAUUUAUAGAGUUUAGCAAGCCAUUUAAAUACCAAGGUAUCACCAUUCUGGAGAAAAAGCCAUCCCGUUCAUCAACCUUGGUGUCGUUUCUGCAACCGUUUUCAAACACCCUAUGGAUUCUAGUAAUGGUGUCAGUACAUGUGGUUGCGCUGGUGUUGUAUCUUUUGGAUCGAUUCUCUCCAUUCGGAAGGUUUAAGCUUGCUAAUAUAGACGGCACUGAAGAAGAUGCUUUGAACCUUUCCAGUGCAAUUUGGUUCGCAUGGGGCGUGCUCUUAAACAGUGGUAUUGGUGAAGGAACACCACGUAGUUUUUCAGCAAGAGUAUUGGGGAUGGUAUGGGCUGGGUUUGCGAUGAUCAUCGUAGCCUCAUAUACUGCCAAUUUGGCUGCUUUCCUUGUGCUCGAGAGACCAAAGACCAAACUUACAGGGAUCAAUGACGCCAGGUUACGUAAUACAAUGGAAAACCUCACCUGUGCAACAGUGAAAGGAUCUGCCGUGGACAUGUAUUUUAGAAGACAGGUGGAACUUUCUAAUAUGUAUCGAACAAUGGAAGCUAAUAACUACGAUAAUGCUGAACAAGCUAUUGAAGAUGUGAAAAAUGGCAAGUUGAUGGCAUUUAUUUGGGACUCAUCACGAUUAGAAUUCGAAGCCGCACAAGAUUGUGAGCUCGUUACUGCCGGAGAAUUGUUCGGUCGGUCCGGUUAUGGUGUUGGCCUACAAAAGGGUUCUCCAUGGGCGGAUUUGGUCACAUUAGCUAUAUUGGAUUUCCAUGAAAGUGGAGUUAUGGAGAGCCUGGACAACAAGUGGAUUCUACGGAACAACAUGCUGAAUUGUGAAGAGAAUGAGAAAACCCCGAACACUUUAGGUCUAAAGAACAUGGCGGGCGUGUUCAUUCUAGUGUUGGCGGGCAUUAUCGGAGGGAUAGUGCUUAUAGUUAUAGAGGUGGUCUAUAAACGACAUCAGAUACGGAAGCAAAAGAGGAUGGAGAUUGCGCGGCACGCGGCCGACAGGUGGCGUGGUUGCGUUGAGAAACGCAAGUCGUUGCGAGCCUCCUUAUUGCCGUCGCAGAGGCGCGUCAAAUCCAAUGGAGUAAAGGAAGCUGGAAGCAUCAGUCUGGCAGUGGACAGAGGUGCACGGCGACGCGACGAACCCCGUGUACCACGCUAUUUACCAGCGUACACGCCUGACGUAUCUCACCUGGUUGUUUAAUUUUAUUUUAUCGUUGUAUUACGUUUAUUACUACUAUCAUUACGUCUAGAUGGCGCUGUGUAAUAUAACCAGUGGUUAAUUUAUUAUUUUAAAUUUAAACUAUAAAAAAAUCUGUUUUUUGCCAAGGGAAUUAAGUAGUCCUUUUGUUUCCUUUUAAAUAUUUACUUCAGCUAGACGAAAAUUUAUAACCUAAGUAAUUGAAAUGUAAUUAUAAUAAGAUUUUGAAAAAUUACCUUCUGCAUUUGUGGUUUGGAUGUUUUAUCACGUGGCUGGCGUGUCUAUGCCAUAAUUGCAGAAUGUUUUGUUUGUGUUUGUACAGUUUGAGGUUUUCAACAAGAUCCUAUUAAUAUGUCAUGCUGUUAGUCAAUUAAAAGGGAUCUUUGCAGUGUAAUAAAUAAUAUUUGAACACCAAUAGGUAGUAGUAAUUCGUUAUAGGUACUGAUUAUAGUAAAUAGAGAAAUAGGCUGUUUACAGCAAUUACACCCGCGUGGGUACGAUUAUUUCUCAUACUUGUUCAAAUUUCUGAAAUUUAUGAAUAAAUAUCUACGUUGUACUAAGAACGCAAGAGUAAAUUCAAACUGUCAUGUUUGUAAUUCCAUUGGUUUAGGCUGUGAGUUGAUAAUCAGCUAAUGAAAUGUAUUUAUACAAUAAUUUAUUAUAUUUGAUUUUAUUAUAUUUUAUAAACAUUAGUUUUUUUUUAUAUUAAUUGUCAAAUAUUGCAAAUAUGUACAUUUUUGUUAGAUUUUAUAUAAAUUAUCAUUAGUAAAUAAUCUUAUUAUUAUAUAAAGUGAGGUGCACUGAAACAAAGCAGGUUUGAUGUUUUCUAUGAUUGUUGUUCGAUUAUAUUCUUUACAGAAAUCGAAUUGUCUGUUUGAGAAAAUAAAAAUUAUAUUAUUGUUUAUUUUU